UUUCAUUGGAUCGGUCGUUUUGUGCGAGGCGCGCGUGAGGUGGUCAAAGUUUUGGUUUGGUUGCUUUCUUGCGCGACGAAGACUACGACGACGAUAAUGGCCACUUUAGGCCGAAUUUGAUAACUGGUUGUGGAGUCGCGUAGGAGUGUGGGAAGGACGUUGUAGCUGUUUGAUGCUCGAAAUAUUCAACAUCAUUCGGAGUUGGAACAGUUACUAUACGUCUAGGAAUUGUGUUUGGAGCUAGGAAUAAUGUGUAGAAGAUGAACUCGCGAGAAAAGGUCCGACGUUUUCGCGCGGGAUGCACAUUUUUAGCGGAUUGAAGGAAACAGGCCGUUUAGUCGUUCUGUCGAGGGGUAGAAGGAGUGAUACAUAGUUCGCGUAUUGUUGUGCAUUUUAUGUGCAGCCAUGAAUAGCUUGGCGGGAAACUUGGAGACUAAAGUGGGUGGGUGGAUCUACUAGAGGAAAAUCUACUAUAGUGCAGUUUUUCACAGCUCUAUGUGAGCUGCAACAAAACUGCUGUGAACUGUGAGCUAGCCUAUGAAGUAGAUUCAGUUGUUGGGACGAUUUCCAGACGGUGGGAAACGAGUCCGGUGAUAAAUGGUGAUGCAUUAUGAAAGAUUGUUGAACGUGAAGUUCUACUACCUAGAUACAGCCACCAGUAGUAGCUAACAAAAGUAAACCGGUGAUAAAUGUUGGAAAUCACAUAACAUGCAGUCGAUGUAGAAUGUCUCCAAUGCACUUGACAGAGAUGGCCGACCGGAGAUGCUACGACGAUCAACAGGGAGCCGUUCUCAGUUGGGUGACAUUUAGCGUGGCGUUAAGUGGUCCAUCAACAGCUUAUCCAAUUCGUGCGUGAACGGUCUGGAAGGGCACGGUUUGGUCAAAAUCAUAGCUAGAAACGUGAAAAUAAAAUAAGCGAAGUUUCCAUCUCCCGGCAGAUGAACACCAUAAAAAAGGGGCCCCCAAACCGCAACCGUACUCUCUUGGGGCUAUUUUUAUGUACAUUUUCAUGAGCGCAUCUCUAGACCAGUUAGUCGAAACGUGUGCGAACAUUAAUGCAAACCGGGUGCGCCGAGAAACAUUUCUAAAUGUUCCGGUAAAAUUUUCUUAAUUUCGCUGCAGCUGUCGAUAGUUCGGUGUCAUGACCAAGGGAACACAUUUCCCAACCAUCAUUGAAGAAAAGACUGAUGUCUGUCGUCGCAGAUUUGUGUAAACUCCUUAACAACCUUCAAGUGCUUUCGAGAAAAGGUCUGAUUUUACAUCCGCUAGCAAAGUAGAACAAGCUCAAGGUAUAUUUACAAACCUACAAAAAAACGGUGAAUUACGUGCCAUGUUUUAACCACACGGGUACCUACAACCUGUUGGAUUACCAAGUGCCACCAGAAGUGCUACGCGUAUUUUUUUUUUGCUCCUAUCUUUCGAGACACACUCAUCCUGGGAAAAGUUUACUAGAGAAGGAAAACGUGACUGGACGCGUCUAAGAGUGGCACCGGGAAAUACGUGUGAGAUCGGAACGCGAAAAGUUGGGUUUCGGAACAAAAUUUUCUCGUUGGAACCUGUGGCAUUAGGGGAAGUUGUGGCAGAGUGGUGGUAAAUAAAAGCUAACACUGCCACUAGUUGCUAGGACGAGCCAAUCGCCGAGUUCUUCGGAGGACAGUCUGGUAUGAUACGGUGCCCUUACCUGUAUGAAAUGCGUGAACGUCUACUGGGACCAACUCCGACCCGACCGAUACCGAUCACGAUACCCCUGGCUAAGCCGGAAAAUACCAACAUCAUGGAUAGAGAGAGCGAUUGUCUGCUGGAGAGCCGACCCGAGAGUCGACAGAUUGGAACGAUGGUGAAGCUGAACCCCGAUGGUUUCGGAUCGCACACAACUCCGACCCACAACCCGAAAACACCACUAGUGCCUUGCAAUGGAACGACAGAUGACGACGACGACGAUUGUACCGAGGACGAUGCCCUCGGCACGACCGUCACCGAUUCCGAAGACGACGGAAUCCACCUGAGGACGCACAUCCGCAAAAUAAUCGACGGCCGAAAGCCCAAAAAUGCCAACGGUUUGGACGUCUUCUGGCAACCGGUUACUGCCAAGAGAGCGAAAAGACGAAGGAGAACCUCACUAUUCAUCGUAACUAGUCUAGUCUACGCGAUGCUGCUGAUAGUGGUUUGCGUCGCGUACGUAAUUUGUGACGUCACCACCCACCGCCUGCCCGUCAUCUACUACGAGGGAUUCUUCACCUACCUGUACGGGGCCAGUAUACUGUUCUUGCUGUAUGUGUUCUGCUUCCUGCUGCAAGAGAGCUCUUGUUGCAAUGGAAAGCCCAAACCACCGAAGGAAAAGAAACCAAAGAAGGAGAAAAAACCAAAGAAAGGAGACGCGGAAACUGGAGCAGCCGGAAAGGACGGUAAAGACGGCGCCGGAAAAGAUGCUGCUGGAAAGGAUGGCAAGGAUUCCGGCAAGGGAGCGAAGGAAGAAAAAUCAAGCAAAACCUCAUCCAAACCCAGCCCAUAUCAGGAAUCUACACCGGAUCCGGAAGUUGCUCUAUCGCCACGCUGCAAACGCAAAACCACCCAAGAUCCAGCCCAUGGAAGUUUCUUCCUUCGCGUCGGUGCCAUCGCUUUCGGUUUGGGUACAAUGAUCUACACCGGUUUGGAGUUUGGCUCAUUUUUCGAGAUUCCAUUCACCUCGCCCUGCCAUCAGAUUCUUCGUGGCGUGAACCCUCUGCUGCAGAUGAUCUUCACCUUUAUGCAGAUGUACUUCAUCUUCAUGAACGCUAGGCUGAAUAUCCAUCGUUUCAAAGUGCUGGCUCGCUUUGGUUUGAUGCACAUUGUGGCCACCAAUGUUUGCGUUUGGAUCCGUACCUUGGUGCUGGAGUCGUUGAAGGAGAUUACUGCCUACCAUCAGCGUCGCGGACCGGAACCCGAAGACAGCGCCAUUCUGGAGAAUAUCCGACAGCAUUCGCUCCGUAAUGCCGGUAUGGUGAUGGGCACCGAACUAGGACCACGUGAAGAUACCGAAUGGGAACCGAUUAGCGUAAACAUGAACGCCCACGAAGAUCUGUCCCAGGAAAGCAGUGUCCUAUCGAAGAUGGUACAAACCGUUACCGAAGCAGUAACUACGAUUCGUGCCACAACCACCACCUCGACUAGCACUUCGACAACUACACCGAGCACAACUACAGCCGCGCAAACCACUACCGCAAGCACAAUUAAGAACGCUGCCGCCAAUUUGUUCGACCGUAUUCGAGAUGUUGUGGUGACGGAAAGUACUUCCACUUCUACCACGACGUCAACUACGCAGAACUCCGACUUCGAUUUGCUCUCGACAUCUAGCACGGCUGCACCUUCGACGACUACCCAUGAGGGAUCUUUCGUGGAUCAGUUUGCCGAUCAUGUUGAUUAUCUGCAACGUAACAACAGCCUGGAACACACAUACGAAUCGCUGGAAUCGUUGUUCCCGCAGGCCUUCAUUGCUACAUCAACGGCUAUUUCCAGCAAUGGAACCGCGGUCAGCUGUGGUCGCGUCAACAUCAUGGGAACUAUCGUGCAGGACUCGGCUCCCUACUUGUAUCCGUUUAUCAUCGAAUACUCGCUGAUUGGUGCCGCUGUUAUCUACGUCAUGUGGAAGCAUAUUGGACGAUACCCUAAGUUCACUAACGAAGAAGAUUUGGAGCACCGUUUGGAGGUUAUGCUGUCACGUCGGGCCGUAGCCAUGGCACAAAGAGCGCGUACCGGUCGUGUUGAUUGCGUUGGAGCUUCCAAGGGACUGUUCUUCGGCUUGUUGCUGCUUGUUGGCUCCUUGAUUUGUCUGAUUCUGUUCUUCGUACUGGUUAGACACCCGCAGUUGUCUUUGCUGGCUAUCUAUCUAGCUGAUGCUUCGCAUAGCAUCUUGAUGGCUCUCUCGAUCUUGGCUAUUAUCAUUGGAUUCAUUCGCGUUCAAAAUUUGAAGUUCCGGUGCGAAGAGCAGAGCAAUCUGAACGACAUCCUGCUGCGCGUUUCGGCUUUUGGUUUGUUCAUCUACUCGACCUUCAGCGUUAUUGCCGGCUCGUUGAAUGCUAUGGAAAGCGAACCAAAUCUUCUGGUUAUGGUCACUGGAGUUGUUGCUGUGCUACAGGUCGUCCUGCAGCUACUGUUCAUCGCUGACGUCUCUCGUCGUCGGGUCCAUCUACCGGAGCAUGACCGCAGCAAACCAGGCCGUCAGAUCGUUACAUUCCUGCUCAUUUGCAACGUUUCCAUGUUCGCCAUCUACACUUUCGAGGCCCAGAAAGUCUUUGCUAAUCCCGUUCAAUUGGACUUCUACGGAUUUAUCGCCUGGUCCUUGAUUCAACGCGUCACACUACCUUUGUGUAUCUUCCACCGUUUCCACAGCGCCGUUACUCUAGCUGAAGUCUGGAAGACCACUUACAAAGCCCGCCUGGAGUAAAUUUGGAGCGUACCAACAACAACCGAGGCGUAAAAGAGACCAAGAAUACGCACAGACUUGAUUCAUACUCGAUUCAUCUUAACCACACGACCAUAGUCAGAGUGCAUCCGCAAAGGCACUUGUAAUGCACACACACACACAUCCUAAAAUACACGAAAAACCGAAAGCACUAGAUUUGGCAACGCAAACCCGUUUGCCGGAAACGCAUUCCAACAUCCUAUGAAACAAGAGACGCUGCUGUCAGUUUCUGCUGUAGUAUGCGCGUGUGUGUUAAAAUUUUGACGAUCCGGCGGCCAUUGUUGUUCGGAUUUUUAGAGAAAGAACGCAGUAGCCAUGGGCUCGUAGUGUUCUGUGUAUUUAUGUAAAUGUAUUUAUUUAUGUAGGUUUGUUUGUGUUCGAUUGAGUUUGUGCAGCGGCAACUUGAGGCUAGUUUUGAGUAGUUUGCUUUUGGUUUCGUUGUUUGACGUUUCCGCUAGAUUGCAGUCCUUUUUCUAGAAAACGAGAGAGCGCGAGCAAAUAUUACCGGAAGCAGUGGUAAUCUUAAGUUGUUUUU